AUGAAUGACAACCAAAAUCGACUUGACAAGCCGAAUGCAUUGACCACCACCACCCACACCCACACCCCUCAUACAGCGCUCAAGGGAUUCAACACAACUGUGCCUUUUGCGUUCAAACCAAAUCCUGCUCGUAAACUCGUAUCAUGGGCUUCUCUUCCAAGAGUCGACAAAGAGAGUUCAAACAACAAGACGACCCAUCCUAGCACCCACAAAUCACAAGCAUCGCAUAAAGAAAACAUCUCUAGUGCAAUCACAACUAAAAGCAACCAACAGCAAUCACAUCAUGCUCUUCAAAAACAAGUUUGGUCAAAUGCAGCAUCCAGCCGAACAACAGAAGUGAAACCAACAUCAUCCGCCCUUCGAUCUCAAGGCACAACACCUCUACCUUCCUUGUUCUCUUUCUCACCAACAUUCCACACCAAUGUACAAAGGCACCCAUCAACCCCAUUGUCAACAGCUGUCCAAAUGCUACCAGCUUCAGCAUCGACCAAAUUAGAAAAGUCAUCCAUCAGCAAGAAGAGACAUGACAAGGAGAACAGCAAUCCCAAUCCUGGAACUGGUCUCGUUCGCGUCAAAAAGGAAAAGCCUGAAUACAGCUCUUCAAAGUUCAAGACUGUAUCGUUUGCUAUGUCUCCACAGCCAGCCAACAACCAAUUGAAUCAUGUAUCUUCUACAACGGCGCAACCAUCCACAUUAGCGAAGAGCACCAAUGAUGAGAGUAUUCCUUCAUGCACAUUAUCGACGUUGCCCCGUUCAACAACGCUCAUCUCUGACGAUCCAGUUUUAUUGGCUUCUUCUCCAACAACAACGACACCGUUGACGGAUCAUGUGCCAUCAAUAGCCCAUUCAGUAGCCGAAAUCACCAACGCAACAUCGCAUAAAUCGAAUGAUUCCAUUUCCAGCGCGACAGCAAAGCCGUAUACCCGCCAGCCUCCUCGAUCAAGUACCAACAACAGCCUCUCGUUAUCCGUGAAGGAGCAUGGUGAUAGAAAGAAAGAAGCAUCAACUACCACCAGCAGCAUUUCCAAUCAGCUUCAUACGGAAGAUGUUGACAAGUUUGCAGUCUUCCUGAAACAGACAUUAGCUCAAAAGGAUGCAGCACGUACAGCAGCAGUGGAAGAAAUCAAUACGUUGCGAGGAAAGCUUCAAUCCCAAGAAAAGAUCAUUGCUGAAUACAAAGUCCAAUUCCAGCGUUUAGACCAAGUAUCAACCUCUUUAAGUGGCAAACAAGAUGAUAUGGGACAAGGCAUUCAACAAUUGUCGUCGCAGUAUACUUUGGUCAAGUCAAUGUUGGAGGAUUUAAAACAAAUGAUCGACAACAUGCAACAAUCAUCAACGUCGUCAUCUAUGAAUGAAACCAAUACGGUGGCUCAAUUUCAAGACUUGAUUGCAAAGACAACGAAGCUGCAGGAUGAGCAACACCAAAUGACCAUGAAACAUAUGGGUGAUUUGGAGAAAGCUGUAUCCAGAAAUAAUGCCAUGUCGGAUCGCUUGUAUGAGCUUUAUGCUGAUAUGGGAAGCCUUCGAAGCAAAAUCAACCAUGCGACGGAAACAAGUGCUAGGCAACGUGCAUAUAUUGCUGGGACAUUGACAACCAUCAUCGAAUUCGAGACUGCACACAUCAAAGAGUUACGGCAGGAGGCAGGCGCCAUACAUGAUGACAUGAAUACUUUGUCUGGGCAUUUCAGCUAUAUUGGACACACAAUUCAAUCUUCAAAGGAAGCAAGUGACCUUGUCAAGAGUAAAAUUGGAUGCCUACGUGAAAAAAUCGUUGCUCUGGAAGAUAUGAUGGCCGAGGAAGGAAAUGGAUGCUACGUGGGUAUGUCCAAUGAAGCAGGGAUGUCGGCACUCGAAAAUAGUGCUGCUGCAAGUCGUGACAGGGAAUUGGAUAACCUACGUUUCAUGGUACAGAAAGCCCAAGCAGAAGCAACGAGGCAAUCCAAACUUGCUGACGAUUCUGCGGCGGAUGGUAUGCGUCUAUUAUCCGAAGUCGCCUUUCUCAAAGCAGAGCUCGAGACGCAAAAGGAUCGGUAUGACGUCUUGCAGGAAUCCUAUGACAAAAGGGAACAAGAGCGUAAUGCAGCCGACUCGGACAAAAUGGUACUGCGAUCCACAUUAAAAAAGCGCCUUAAUCCUGAACCUGAACUCGUAUCUGAAACCGCCGAUGGAUCCCUAAGCAGACUUCGACGGCGCAAGAGGAGACUCCUAGUGCCUCCAACCAAGAAGAGUCAGCAGCUACCAGCAGCAUCAAACGACCUAACUGAAUCGCCUGGUGACAUUAUGGAAGAUAUCGCAAUGUACAUUAAAAAAUCAAACGAUGAAAGCUCCUAA